AUGAGGUUUUACCUCAAAACUGAUUCAAAUCAAAAUAUGAACACUCCUAAAAAAUCCAAAGUUACUACAAAGGAAAAGAUGGAGAAGUGUAAUUUACCAAAUAAAAGGAAAAGAGAUUGGGUUGAUGCACUUUUAAUAGAUAAUUUUGGAAUUUGCAAAAACCACACAGAAAAGUUGAAUGAGAAGAACACAUUUUGUGUAGAUUGUGGAAUGAGUUUAUGUAAACAUGGCAAAGAAUCUCAUUCUCUUCAUCAAAAGCUUCAAAUUUAUAAAUAUUGCUAUCAAGAUGUUGUCAAAUUUUCUGACCUAGUCAAGGUUUUUGAUUGCUCAAAUAUUCAGACUUAUAUGUCAAAUAAUUUUAAGAUUGUGCACCUUAAAUCAAAGAAACAAAAACAAGCAACAAAAUCCAAAGAAACAAAAGCAUCAACACCUAAAAAUAUAGCUGGUGGAAUUUGUGAAGAAUGUGGGAAAUAUUUACUAGAUAAGAGAAGUCGAUUUUGUUCGGUUAGAUGUAAGAUUUCAAUUGACGAGGUUGAAGUGAAGAAAAGUCCAGAGGCUGAGUCAUCUAUCUCUAUGGCUGAACAAUAUGAAUAUGUUGAAAGAGGUUAUAGGUUUUGGUGA